CUGCCUCUGAUACUUUGUAUCACUCCCGGAAAGUUACUAGUUUGCUGAGAGUCAGCGAGAGAGCAGCAGCCGGAGCCGGGCGGAGGAUCUCACACACCGGGGCCAGACACCGACACCACCGGCAGCAUACACUCAGGAGCUGACACUCGGACACGAUGGCAAGUGGAGGCUGUAUGAAAGUGACCAAAUAUUUCCUGUUCCUCUUCAACCUCCUGUUUUUUAUCCUUGGCGCGGUGAUCCUUGGCUUCGGAAUAUGGAUCCUCGUGGACAAGACCAGUUUCAUCUCUGUGUUACAGGACUCCUCUUCAUCGCUGAAAACCGGCUCCUACAUCCUGAUCGCAGUGGGCGGGUUCACAAUGGUGAUGGGUUUCCUGGGCUGCGUGGGAGCCGUGAAUGAGGUCCGCUGCCUUCUGGGCCUGUAUUUCACGUUUCUGCUGCUGAUCCUGAUACUGCAGAUUGUUGCUGGAGUCCUGAUUUACUUCCAGAAGAAUACGCUGAAAAGUGAGGUAUCGUCCGUAAUACAUAAACUGAUUGUGGAUUACAACCCAAGUGACACCCCGAAGAGUGCGGAGAGUACGUGGGAUUAUAUCCAGUAUAAUCUGAAGUGCUGUGGUUGGAUCAGUUACCAGAAUUGGACAGAAAACCCAAACGUUGGAAACCACACUGAUUACUUUCCAUGCUCCUGUGUCGCUAAUAAUACCCGCGCUGAGUCUGGCUUCUGCAAUACCACCGUCUCUGCUCUCUACCCAGCGGGCUGCGAGGCGCAGGUGGAGGGAUGGCUGCAGGACAAUCUCGCCAUUAUCUUGGGCGUGUGCGUGGGCGUGGCUGUGAUUGAGUUAAUAGGUCUGAUUCUAUCCAUAUGUCUCUGCCGAAACAUCCAAAAUGAGGAUUAUACCAAGGUGCCAAAAUACUGAUGUGUUCCCGCGUCCCCUACACUGCGCUGGAUUACCCCACCCGACGGAAGAUGCGAGGGGGCAAGGACACCGGCCCUACCAUCAUUCCAGCCCCCGAACACACCGCCAUGUAUAUCUACCCCCCUGUGUACAGAUCACAAAGAGAAGGCGAUGUCGCCGUCAUCCCACCGCUUGGACCAUAGAAGGGAAUUGCUGAACGUCGUAUAUAGUGUAGAAUUUGUGUAUAUUGAUGAUUAGUGCUGGAAGCGGCACCCUGCGAUUCUCCAGCCGCUGCGGUUCUCCAGCCUCCGUCACGUGGACGCUUUGCAGCCGCUGGAGAGAGGCGGGGUUACCCCAGGCCGCUCCCUGGACAUACAUUCUGUGUAUAGUAAUAUGGAGCAGAGUUAUCUGAUAGAACCUUUUAUUUCUGUAUAAAAAUAGUUGUAAAUAAAAGUGCUGAGCUUGUCUGA